AUGACAGUUUUAGGAAUGAAAAUGAGAAUUGCUUGCUCCAGUCUCAUCUACCGAAACAUACUAACAGUACGAAAAAGAGCAACCUCGGACUUGACAAUGGGACAAAUGGUUAAUUUAUUAUCCAACGACGUGGGAAAAUUUGACGACGCGUUCACUUUUUUCCAGUAUAUGUGGAUAGCACCUCUGGAAAUCGCAGUCGGUGUUGUAUACAUGGACGUGAAACUCGGACAUACGGCACUUGUUGGUGUUGUAUUUUUAACCUUGUGUUUACUUUUCCAAACGUACAUUUCGAAAAAAAUUUUUCAAAAAAGAAGACAAAUCGCUCUAAAAACUGACAAGAGGGUUUGCUUAGUAAACGACGUCGUUUCUGGAAUACGAGCAAUAAAAAUGUACGCUUGGGAGGAUUAUUUUAUCGAAGUAAUUGAAAAAGCUCGGAGUGCUGAAUUAAAAAAAGUUACUACAGCAAAUUACUACCGAUUAGGUAUAAACUCGUUCAAGUUAUUCUCAACACCCGUGAGUGUGUUUCUUGGAAUAAUAACCUUAAUGGUUACUAAAUCACCUAUAACCCCGCAAUAUCUGUACACAAUGGAAACUAUGUACGAAUCUCUAGCGCUUUCAGUAAUAAUACUAGUACCAGUGUCUUUAGUUCGUGUGUCUGAAGUCAGUGUUUCGAUUGAAAGAAUCCAAGAAUUUUUAUUGAAAACAGAUACAACGUCGGAGGUUUGCACACACCUAGAUGUCAAAACACACCACCAAACGAGUUUUUUGAGAUGCUAUAAUAUUUUCCAAGAAGGACCACACUGUAUUAGUCUUCGUAACGUAAGUGCUAAAUGGCAUUCCUCGUCCCAACGUAACGUUCUAAGCAAUAUCACUUUCACUGCUCACUUUUGUGACCUUAUUGGUGUUGUUGGUCCUGCUGGAGGUGGCAAAACAACGUUACUUCAAGCUAUUUUAAAGGAAAUUCAAACGUGUGGAGGCACCAUGGACAUUCAUGGUACUAUAUCGUACGCGUCCCAAGAACCGUGGAUUUUUUCCGGAAGCAUUCGCCAGAAUAUUUUGUUUGGAGAAGAUCUAGACGUGGAGAAGUACCACGUGGUGGUCCAGAUCUGUUGCUUAGAACACGACAUUUUCUCUUUGCCACAAGGUGAUGGUACUAUUGUUGGAGAAAGAGGAGCUAUGUUGAGUGGGGGACAAAAAGCUAGGAUCAAUUUAGCUAGAGCGAUAUACAGAGAAGCUGAUAUUUAUCUCUUGGAUGAUCCGUUGUCAGCUGUUGAUGUUCAUGUGGCUAGACAAAUUUUUGACAAUUGUAUUUUAAACUAUCUAAAAACGAAAUGUGUGGUACUAGUUACACACCAAGCACGGUAUCUUCAAACUGCCACUAAAAUCUACGUUUUGGAAGACGGUAAAAUUCGAGAUUGUGGAAAAUAUGGAAAAGUUGUGGGUUUGAAAGACACAUUUGUGGACGAAAAUGAAACGACUGGAGCUUUAUCACAAGCUCUAGCUCCUUUGAAGCAACACAAUGAUUUAGAAGAAUUCAAGGAACACAGAAGUAGUGGAAGAAACAGUGUCAAUAUUUACAAACGGUACUGCUUAUCUGCUGGUCACUGGACUUUCACAAUAUUGGUACUUCUCUUGCUUGUUUUAUUACAAACACUCGUAAAUGCUUGCGACUAUUUUCUCAGUCUUUGGGUAAACGUUAAAAAUCUAAUGGAACAUCAGAAAAAGCUACACUUCUUUGAAUUAUAUAUCAUUAUCCUCGGGAGUAUAAUUAUCACCGCUUUUUGUACUGUUUGGUUGAUAGUUCGAUACAACAUUAAUGUUUCGAAGAACUUACACCAACAUCUUUUAUCUAGAACUAUUCACAACACCAUAGCGUUCUUCAACCAGAACUCGUCUGGUCGAAUUUUAAACAGAUUUACCAAAGACAUGGGUUGUACUGACGAAAUGUUGCCAAUGGCAGUAAUGAAUGUCUUGACUGGAUUGCUUCUGGUAUUCGGAAGUAUCGUGCUUGUGUCUCUUACAAACUACUGGGUUAUACUUAUAUCACUUACUUUAGUUUUAAUUACAUGUUUGUGUGCUUUUGUGUUUCAAGCAACAAACAGAAAUUUGAAAAGAACAGAAGGAACUACCAAAAGCCACGUUUUGGCCCACGUAACUGCAACAGUGCAGGGUCUUGCAACUAUUAGAGCGUCCGGGGCACAAGAAGUGUUAUCUCGGGAGUUUGACAAACACCAAGAGCUUCAUACUUCAGCUUCAUACCUGUUAACAGCGCUAUAUUGUGCUCUUGGAUUCUGGACUGAUCUUCUAAGUGCUAUUUACGUCGGAGUUGUGACAUUUGGUUUUCUGUUAAUCCCAAACGAUGCCUCUGCUGGAUUUAUUGGACUUGCAAUAACUCAAGCGACCGCUUUAGUAGGACUAUUUCAAUACCUAAUAAAAGUGUGGGCGGAAGUUGAAAUUCAUAUGACUUCUGUUGAACGAGUGCUAGAAUAUAUUGACCUCCCUACUGAACCCGAUAAUGGUAAUUUAAUCCCUCCACCAUCCUGGCCACUGGCAGGGAAUAUCACUUUAGACACCAUUAGCAUGAAAUAUUUGCCAAAUCAGAACUACGCCCUUAAAAGACUAUGUGUUCAAAUUCAAGCAGGACAAAAGAUUGGCAUUGUUGGUCGCACUGGAGCUGGAAAGUCGUCGUUAAUUUCCGCUUUGUUCCGACUAUUCGAUUUUGAAGGAGCCAUCUUUAUUGACGGGAUUGACACUAAAUGUCUACCAUUAAAACACCUUCGUUCCAACAUUUCAAUUAUACCCCAAGACCCAAUACUUUUCUCAGGAAGUCUCCGACGAAACAUAGAUCCUUGGAAUAAAUAUCCCGAUUCUAAAAUCUGGUCAGCUUUAGAAGAAUUUAAUUUAAAACAGACGGUGUCCAGUUUACCGUUAGGACUGGACAUGGUAAUUGCAGAAGGCGGUUCUAAUUUUAGUGUUGGCCAAAAGCAACUACUUUGUUUGUUGCGUUCGGUACUUCAAAAUAAUAAGAUAGUAGUUUUGGACGAAGCCACAGCUAACGUGGAUUUGAAAACAGACGAGGUCAUACAGGACAUUAUAAGAAAAAAGUUUGCUGGCAACUCAGACAAAAUUUUGGUACUAGAAGAUGGGAAGAUCGUCGAAUUUGAUGAUCCACUUGUCUUGUUGCAAAAUCCAGAGGGCGCUUUCUAUAGGUAUGCCAAAGAAAACGGUUUAAGGGUUACUCGAGACGCAAUUGUUGCUACUAAAUCUGUAAAGAAUUAA